AUAACAUCCUGAUUCCUGUCACACCAUGUAUGCAAGUAUAUUUUCAGUUAGUUCUUGUAUCACUUGAAGAAACAACAUAAUAUCUAUUUAUUCAUUUUAUUUAGUGAAUAUGAAUAUGUGCGAUAAAUUAAUUAUUAUUGUGUGAUAUUGUUAAACAUAUAUAUGUAUAAAUAUUAUUGUAAAAAUUGCAUACUUUAAUCAAUUACAAUGUUCGUAACUAGUAUAUUAAUAUUGAAAAUAUUAUUAUUGAACAGUAGUUUGGCAGAAUGGAUAGAUAUGCCUCAAUUUUCUAGUGAAAAAAAGAUAUAUAGAAUACCUACAAUAAAACAAGAUCAUUUUUAUAAAUUUGCUCAGAAAAAUGUGGAAAAUCAGUUCCUUUAUACAUAUCAAGAUAUUACUUAUAAGGAUGCAAAAACAAAACAAACAGCAGUUAAUGAAAGUGGAAAAUACAAUUUCCAUAAUAUGGAAAAUAAUAUCAAAAAAGAAUCAACUGUUUUUGAUCAAGAAAAUGUGUUCGUAUUUAAUCCAAAAAAAUACAAUGAUACAGCAAUUCCUUCAAUGACCAAGGAAUGGGAAAGAAAUACACAGUACCUAAAUGAAUCUUUUACUUUUAAUGAUGCAGGACUAUUGAACUACCUUCCAGUAGAUAUACUUAGAAGUGUUCAUUAUACUUUAAAAUCUCAACCAACAUCAAUUGAUGGAAAAAUUCAAUUUUUAAGAACAUUUGAAAAUACAUUAAUGAUUGAAAUAGAAUCCCAACUUGCAGGAAGUAUAAUGGUUGCUCGCAAAAGAAGGGGUACUGAACAUUAUGAUCACAGUUAUGAUCAUGAGCAUGCAGCUGGAUUUCCCUCCAUAGAAGGUGCACUUAUGGCUAUUUCAUUUCUCACGUUUGCUGUGUAUCUGGUUAGAUUAGUCAUGCUUUUAUUCAGAAAUAUGAAUAAUUCUGCAUCAACUACUACAGCUACCUUACUUCUUGGUAGAAGAAAAAAAUCGAUAGACAAAUUUGACGAUGAUGCGACAAUUAUUCUUAAAAAUCUAUAUAACUUUUCUUCUAAAUUUUAGUAUAAAAAGAAAGUUACAUACUAAUUAAACAAAUAUCUUUAGCAUUAACUAUAUUAAAAUCUUCAUAAUCAAAUCUCUAUGUCACGUAAGCUGCUUUAAUACAUACCUUCUCAAUUUU